AGCAGCAGCAGGCUUCGGCAUCUAUUGUUCCUCGUCUUAUUGGUGCCAAACCUCCUUCUCUCUAAUGAAGGAGCCAAGAGAGAACGAGACGCAGAGGACAGCCUGAGGAUCCGUCCGUCCGGCAUCGAACAGGAUUACCUCUCUCGGGACAUACCGGCGUGGACAAAAGCAGUAUAAGACGCACACUUCUUCACCUCGUGGCGUCUUUGAUCCUGCCGCCCGCAUUGGGAAGUACCGUACUGUGCUCCGUUGUGGGGCGGCGGGGAGGGGGGUAGCGACCAUGGGGCCGGCCCGCGGAGCUGUCGGGAUGUUGGGGGUCCUGAAAAGGGUAGCCUGGCUCUGGAGGUUAGCGCUGCUCUUUUUCUCCAUGUGGGAACUGAACGCACAAACCGCCGUGGAAACUAAGCCCAGGUACAUCUGGCAAACAGGAUCAUGGGGUCGAUGCAUGGGCAGCGAUUGCGGGCCUGGCGGUAGCCAGAGCAGAGCGGUGUGGUGCGCGCACUCCGAAGGUUGGACAACCCUCCACACAAACUGCAACCAGGACGAGCGACCGAACAACCAGCAGAGUUGCUUCCGAGUUUGCGACUGGCACAAAGAUCUGUACGACUGGCAACUGGGGGCGUGGAACCAAUGUGUCCCUGUAUCGAUGCGCAGUGCCGGAGUGCAACGGCCUGCAGUGUGCACCCGAGGGGAGGAGGGUAUUCAAACCCGAGAAGUGGGCUGCGUCCAGAAAACGAACGGCGAGCCUGCAGAAGACGCAAUUUGUGAAUACUUUGAACCCAAACCUCGUCUGGAGCAAGCUUGUCUUAUCCCUUGUCCUCGGGAUUGCGUGGUGUCCGAGUUCAGUCCAUGGACUUCCUGUUCGAAGACCUGUGGGAUGGGUUUGCAGAACAGAAUUCGUAUUGUUCUUGCGCCGCCGUUAUUUGGGGGGUCGGCAUGCCCAAACCUGACAGAGUUUCAGACAUGUCAACCGGGACCAUGCGAGGGAGAAGAGAGCCAAUACAGUCUCAGGGUUGGACCCUGGGGGCCUUGCUCCGUGCCAGCCUCGAGGCAGGCCAGGCAGGCGAACAAACCCUCCAGUGACAUCGACAUCGAUAAAACUCCAAGUGAUGGUGGAAAACCAUCUGGAGAGGACAAAAAACCACCCAAAAGAGGGGACAAACGUCCCAAAGUCGGAGACAAGAGGUCUAUGCAGGGUGAUGACGUUCCCAAAGACGGAGACAAACCACCAAGACCCAACAGGAAACUGGGCAAAGGGAACCAAAACCCAGAUAGACCGUCCCGUCAGGCUGACCGGCCGAAACGACAGAGAAAACUUAAAAACAAGGCCAAAAAGGAGAAAAUCCGAGCUAAAGUCCGGGAGAAGUUGAAGGAGAGAGGAAAGGUAAAGGAUCCCGGGACCAGAGAACUCAUCAAAAAGAAUCGAAACCGGAACCGUCAGAAUCGCCCGGGAGGAAAGUCCUGGGACCUGCAAAUCGGCUACCAGACAAGAGAAGUCACCUGUGUACACAAGAGUGGGAAUGUCGAAGCUCUGAGCCUCUGCUCCCAUGAAUCGCUUCCAGUCACCUACCAAGCGUGUGUCAUGUCCAAAGACUGUGACGUGACCGACUGGUCUGAGUGGUCGGCUUGCUCCCAGGAAUGCUACGACCCUAACGGACCCAAGGGAGAGCAGACACGGACAAGGAAAGUCAGCCAGUUCCCCAUUGGAGGAGGAUCCGAGUGUCCCGAGUUGGAGGAGAAGCAGCCUUGUAGUUCCCAUGGAGAAACGGCGCCACCUUGCGUUGCUUACAGCUGGAAGACGACGGAGUGGACGGAGUGCAGGGUGGAUAUGCUGCUGAGCCAACAGGAUCGCCGCAGAGGGAAUCAAACAGGCUUGUGUGGAGGCGGCUUUCAGACCCGGGAGGUCUACUGCGUCCAGGCCAGUGUGGACACACCGUCGUCCAACUUCAGUUCUCUCAAAAGCAAUGAAGUAUUGCGGCCAGUGGACAGCGAUCUGUGUGUGGGGGUCCCCCCCAACACCACCCAACUCUGCCAUAUCAACUGUCCGGUUCAGUGUGAGGUAUCGUCCUGGACUGCUUGGGGACCCUGCACCUAUGAAAACUGCCAGGAUCAAAGUGCAAAGAAAGGUUUCAAAAUGAGAAAGAGGAAGAUUGUUAACGAUCCAACAGGCGGAACAGGGAACUGCCCCCAUCUGGUGGAAGCCAUACCCUGCGAAGACCCCAGCUGCUAUGACUGGUUGGUGGUCAAACUGGAAGAGUGCAUCCCGGAUAAUGAGAAGGAAUGUGGGCCAGGAACACAGAAUCCUCAAGUCCAGUGUGUCAACAGCGAUGGGGUACAUGUGGAAAGACAGCUAUGCCGGGAUGCCAUCCUUCCCAUGCCAGUCAUCUGCGAGGUGCCUUGCCCAAAGGACUGUGCCCUCAGCCCUUGGACAUCCUGGUCUCUCUGCUCUCACACGUGUUCUGGAAAAAAUACAGAGGGAAAACAAACCAGAACUCGCUCCAUUUUGGCGUAUCAUGCAGGAGAAGGUGGAAUCCAGUGUCCCAACAUAAGUGCCUUGCAGGAAGUGCGGAGCUGCAACGAGCACCCGUGUACUGUGUACCACUGGCAGACUGCUCCAUGGGGGCAAUGCAUAGAGGACUCAUCCAUCCCAGCCACCAACGCAUCCGUGGGUCGGGGUCGUGGAAAUGAGGCUUCUUGCUCUGUGGGGAUGCAAACCCGGAAAGUCAUGUGCGUCCGGGUUAACGUGGGCCAGGUUCCUCCCAAAAAGUGUCCAGAGAGCCUACGUCCAGACACGGUCAGACCCUGCCUGCUGCCAUGCAAGAGAGACUGCAUGGUAACCCCUUACAGUGACUGGAGCCCCUGUCCUUCAGUAUGCCAAACAGGCGGUAAGACUAAGAAGAAGCAGUACAGAAAGCGCAUCAUCAUCCAGUUACCAGCCAAUGGAGGACAGGAUUGUCCGGAAGUUCUGACUCAGGAUAGAGAGUGUGAGGCUCCCUCUGUCUGUCCAGGAUACAGAUGGAAAACACAUAAAUGGCGGCGAUGUCAAAUGGUUCCGUGGUCAGUUCGUCAGGACAGUCCAGGAUCUGAAGAAACUUGCGGUCCAGGUCUGCAGGUUCGAGCGGUUUCGUGCCGGAAGCGAGUGGGUGGACAGGCAGAUGUGGAAGCUUGUCUAAAGUUUUCCAACUCCAUGCCACCUCUCACCCAGCCAUGCCAAGUUCCGUGCCAGGAGGACUGUCAACUGAGCAACUGGUCCAAGUUCUCCUCUUGCACAGCCGACUGUGUGGGUGUCAGAGUCCGUAAAAGGAUUCUGAUGGGUAAGAGCAAAAAGCGAGACCAGUGUAAGAACCACCAGAUGUACCCACUGAGCGAGACCCAGUACUGCCCGUGCAACAAAUACAACGCCCAGCCUGUGGGGAACUGGUCCGACUGUAUUCUAUCCGAGGGCAGCCGCAUGGAAGGACAACUGGGCAUGAAGAUCCAGGGCGAUAUCAAGGAGUGCGGUCAGGGGUAUCGGUACCAGGCCAUGGUUUGCUAUGACCAGGAUAACCGCAUUGUGGAGACGUCACGCUGCAACAGUCACGGUUACAUCGAAGAGGCUUGCAUCAUUCCCUGCCCGUCCGAUUGUAAACUUAGCGAGUGGUCCAACUGGUCUCGAUGUAGCAAGUCGUGUGGCAGUGGGGUCAAAGUGCGCUCCAAGUGGCUCAGAGAAAAGCCAUACAACAGCGGAAGGCCGUGCCCUAAACUCGACCAUGUCAAUCAGGCUCAAGUGUAUGAAGUAGUGCCUUGCCUCAGUGACUGUGGUCAGUACGUCUGGGUGGCGGAACCAUGGAGCGUAUGGAAAGUUAGCAACAUGGACUUGAGGAACAACUGUGGCGAGGGAGUUCAGACCAGAAAAGUCCGGUGUAUGCUGAACACCAUCGACGGGCCGUCGGAGCAGGUGGAGGACUACCUGUGUGACCCUGAGGAGAUGCCUCUGGGUGCUCGGAACAGCCGUUUACCCUGUCCGGAGGACUGUGUCUUGUCAGAUUGGGGAACCUGGAGUCCAUGUCCACUGCCUUGUAAUGGGACCAGUACCCGCGAGAGGAAAGCUUAUCUACUCCGUCAACCCGGAGAAGACAAGGAAUGUCCUCCAAGGACAGAAACUGAAUCCUGCAAACUCAAUAGCAAUUGCUUCCACUAUUCCUACAACAUCACCGAUUGGAGUACCUGUCAGCUGAGUGAUCGAGCAGUCUGCGGAAACGGGAUCAAGACCCGCAUGCUGGACUGUGUGCGCAGUGACGGGAAGUCUGUCGACUUGGCGUUUUGUAAAGAGCUGGGCCUGGAGAGAAAAUGGCAGAUGAACGCUUCUUGCGUGGUGGAUUGUCCCGUCAACUGCCAGUUGUCCGAGUGGUCCCUGUGGUCCGAUUGUACGCACAAGUGCGGACUCCGAGGUAAGCUGUGGAGAAGGCGGACGGUGAUCCAGGUGCCCCAAGGCGACGGGAGGCCGUGCCCGUCACAGAUGGACCAGUGGAAGCCAUGUCUGGUGAAGCCCUGCUAUACGUGGAGAUACAGUCCCUGGUCUGAAUGCAAGUCCGAGGGGGCGAGGUGUGGUGACGGAUUACGUUUUAGGAACGUGUCAUGCUUCGUGACGGAUGGAUCGGAUCUGCAGGGAAGUCUCGUAGACGAUGAGCUGUGUGGAGACCUGGAACCUGUCGUGGAUGGAGAUCCACAGAUCAUACUGCAGGAGUCCUGUACUGUACCUUGUCCGGGCGAAUGCUACCUGACAGACUGGACCGGUUGGAGUCCGUGUCAGUUAAGCUGCAUUGGUGGGGACGAUCUGGGCUUUGGAUCGGUUCAAGUCCGCUCUCGGGCCGUUGUGGCUCAAGACCCUGAGAAUCUGCUUCAGUGUCCCGAGCAGGAGUUAGAUGCCCGGCCGUGUACAGAGGGACAGUGUUUAGAAUACCAGUGGCAAAGUGGACCAUGGAGAGGCUCAUCACGCCGAGUAUGGUGCCAACGCUCAGACGGCUUGAACGUCACGGGCGGUUGCCCGACAACGACACAACCAUUAGCCGAUAGAUCAUGUGACCCGGCCUGCACCAAGCCCCGUUCCUUUUGUACAGAGGCGGGCGUCUGCGGCUGCGAGGAGGGCUACACAGAAGUCAUGACCUCUGACGGCGUGCUAGACCAGUGCACGGUCAUCCCAGUGCUGGAGAUCCCCACCACCGGAGACAACAAAGCAGAUGUCAAGACCAUCCGAGCCUUCAACCCCACCCAGCCGGCAGUCAGCCCGCCGGGUAGAGUGGGACGUACUUGGUUUCUGCAGCCCUUUGGGCCAGAUGGCAAGCUGAAGACGUGGGUUUACGGCGUAGCAGCAGGAGUCUUUGUCCUGCUGGUCUUCAUCAUCUCAAUGACGUACUUAGCAUGCAAAAAGCCAAAGAAGCCCCAACGGCGACAGAUGAACAACAGGCUCAAGCCCCUGACGUUGGCCUACGACGGCGACGCCGACAUGUAGAGACGUGUUGACAACCAUGCGGAUCUGCACACAACCUCGGUCACAACAUCAACAAUCACAAUACAUUCUCAUUGCAGCCUUUUUCUUUUACACUGGAGCCUCGGUUUUCGAUAUUUGUUGUUAUUAUUUGUUCAGACAAAAAAAAUAAUAAUAAUUAUAACAAAAGAAGAGGGCUCGCUGGCUUUAGUCUUCUACAUUUAAAUCGAGUUCUAAACCAUAAAUGAUGUAAGGUGCUUUUGGCAGCUUACAUCCCACAUUGAAAGAGGGGUCACAAAACCCCCAAAACAAAAAAAAACAUAAUUUACUGAACUGUUAUAAUAAAAUCCUAUUAUAACACAGGAUAUCUUCAUACUGAUUAAUGAAUGAAGUACUUUCUCACAUUAUUUAUCAACAUUGGCUAAUGGCUAAUUUUGAAGCUAUCAGUUAUUUACGAGGAAGAAAUUAUUCGAGUUGUUUUGAUACGAGACUACUUUGUCGGAAAUAAAUAAAUCAAUAAAUCCUACGAAAACCAAGGUUCCACUGCAUUUUUAUAUCUGUAAUAUUUUGUUUCACGAGAGCCUUCAUAACUUUUAUAUGCCUUUAAUUCAAUUAUAUGCCGUUUUACUCCGAGCUACCCGCUAACACACAUUGGUUGGGUCAUUUAUUUAUUGGCUUUAUUUAUUUUGUAUUUUAUUUAUGAUAAAUUACUAUUUUUUUGCCUUUUUUUUGUUUUGUUCCUUGCAUCAUUUUGCACUAUAUUAGUGCAGCGUGUUGUACUCAUGUCUGGCUUCCUGAGUCUCAAACAAAGAUGGCGGCCAAUGGAGUUGACUUGCUUGCAGACUGAUCUCCCACUCCCAUUGCGUCUUAUACAAUAUGUGAUAUGACGGUAUUUGUGUAAAUAUGUUUUUUUUUUUUCUCUCUCUCUGUCAACUUGUACAGACGCUCUUCUCAAGCUGUUGAAGAUUUGUACUUUUGUAGAAGAAUGUGAUGGAAGCCGUUGGGGGGGCGCGUCGGGAUGGGCGGUUGACAAGGGCGACUCAAAAAUGAAUGAGGGCGUGUUAUUAUCUUCGAUUUCCGUCUUAUUUCCUCUGGAGGUAGGAUAUUUUUUUAUUAUGCUUCAUAAGUUUUUUUUUUUUGGCCCAUAUACUCUUUACCACAAUGCAUUGCCUUUAAUUGAACUAGAUUCAUUCAUUCAUACGUCAUAUUGUAUGGAUGCAGGGUUUAUACGUUACAUAAACCUUGCUUAUGGUUUUUAAAUGGUGCCAGACCCGACUGUGAUAAGUGAAUUUGGAUAAUUAGAACAUUGAAAACUGUUUCAAAAAUGUUUUUUUUAUUAUCAUCAUUAGAGACCCGGGUUCGAUUCCACCCUCGACUUAAUUAUUUAUUGUAUGGAUGCAGGGUUUAUACGUUACAUAAACCUUGUUUAUGGUUUUUAAAUGGUUCCAGAAAAUAUUUUUUUUAUUAUCAUCAUUAGAGUCCGCAAGUGGUUAGCACGCAGGCCUCACAGCUAGGAGACCCGAGUUCGAUUCCACUCUCGGCUUAAUUAUUUAUUGUAUGUAUGCAGGGUUUAUACGUUACAUAAACCUUGCUUAUGGUUUUUAAAUGGUGCCAGACCCGACUCUGAUAAGUGAAUUUGGAUAAUUAGAACAUUGAAAACUGUUUCAAAUUUUUUUUUAUUAUCAUCAUUAGAGACCCGAGUUCGAUUCCACCCUUGACUUAAUUAUUUAUUGUAUGGAUGCAGGGUUUAUACGUUACAUAAACCUUGCUUAUGGUUUUUAAAUGGUGCCAGACCCGACUGUGAUAAGUGAAUUUGGAUAAUUAGAACAUUGAAAACUGUUUCAAAAUUUUUUUUAUUAUCAUCAUUAGAGACCCGAGUUCGAUUCCACCCUUGACUUAAUUAUUUAUUGUAUGUAUGCAGGGUUUAUACGUUACAUAAACCUUGCUUAUGGUUUUUAAAUGGUGCCAGAUCCGACUCUGAUAAGUGAAUUUGGAUAAUUAGAACAUUGAAAACUGUUUCAAAAUUUUUUUUAUUAUCAUCAUUAGAGACCCGAGUUCGAUUCCACCCUUGACUUAAUUAUUUAUUGUAUGGAUGCAGGGUUUAUACAUUACAUAAACCUUGCUUAUGGUUUUUAAAUGGUGCCAGACCCGACUCUGAUAAGUGAAUUUGGAUAAUUAGAACAUUGAAAACUGUUUCAAAUUUUUUUUUAUUAUCAUCAUUAGAGACCCGAGUUCGAUUCCACCCUUGACUUAAUUAUUUAUUGUAUGGAUGCAGGGUUUAUACGUUACAUAAACCUUGCUUAUGGUUUUUAAAUGGUGCCAGACCCGACUGUGAUAAGUGAAUUUGGAUAAUUAGAACAUUGAAAACUGUUUCAAAAUUUUUUUUUUAUUAUCAUCAUUAGAGACCCGAGUUCGAUUCCACCCUCGACUUAAUUAUUUAUUGUAUGUAUGCAGGGUUUAUACAUUACAUAAACCUUGCUUAUGGUUUUUAAAUGGUGCCAGACCCGACUGUGAUAAGUGAAUUUGGAUAAUUAGAACAUUGAAAACUGUUUCAAAUUUUUUUUUUAUUGUCAUCAUUAGCGACCCGAGUUCGAUUCCACCCUCGACUUAAUUAUUUAUUGUAUGUAUGCAGGGUUUAUACGUUACGUAAACCUUGCUUAUGGUUUUUAAAUGGUGCCAGAUCCGACUCUGAUAAGUGAAUUUGGAUAAUUAGAACAUUGAAAACUGUUUCAAAAAUUUUUUUUAUUAUCAUCAUUAGAGACCCGAGUUCGAUUCCACCCUCGGCUUAAUUAUUUAUUGUAUGGAUGCAGGGUUUAUACAUUACAUAAACCUUGCUUAUGGUUUUUAAAUGUUGCCAGACCCGACUGUGGUAAGUGAAUUUGGAUAAUUAGAACAUUGAAAACUUUUUCAAAAAUAUUUUUUUUAUUAUCAUCAUUAGAGACCCGAGUUCGAUUCCGCCCUCGACUUAAUUAUUUAUUGUAUGGAUUCAGGGUUUAUACGUUACAUAAACCUUGUUUAUGGUUUUUAAAUGGUUC